UUCACACCCCAACAUCAUUCAGUAUCUGAAAUCGACCUGAGCACUUUAGGCAUCAAGCAUGAGAACGUUUUCAAGGAAAGUCUCAGGAAAGACUAACACCGGGAAACAUUUCACUCUUCUAAGUCAAUUUUCUAAGUUCACUUUCAAGUCAUGUUUGACAACAUUCAUCUUUCUUUCCGAUAUCAUGUGACGAGCAGUGUUCUUAAGUUUCGGGACUAAAGUGGGGCCCAAUUGUAAAGAAAACAGUUUAUCCUGUUAUUCCAUAUCCCACUUGUUGCAUGUGUGGACGGAACAAUUUUACGGAUGUAGCAAUUUUUCGGGGGAAAACUCCAUCAAAUCUUAAACGGAUGGGCUAGAUGCUAAAUAUUUCAUACACUAUGCUAGUAGUCGAGAUCGACGGUCUACAUAUCAUUGAGCAUUCCAAGGAGCAUAGGCUGAAGUGAUUGCUGUGGAUGGAGGUUGACGUUCCUUUUCUACAAAACCGGAGUCAGUAAUUUCUCGACGAGGCCAAUGACCGAUCUAUUAUGCAGCACCAGUGAUUUGUAUUAUGUUGGGGACGACCUCGAUCCAUACGAAGCAAAAUGUACGAGGCAGGUGGAAUCACGAAUGCUGACUUACGAAGACUUGCCUUCAAUAUUUGACUCGUGCUCUUUAGUGGCUCUGGCCAUGGCUCUCGUCUUCUCAUGCUCUCCACGUCGAUCGAGGUCUUUCCCAUUCCUUUGGGAACGGCAUUGCAUGUCCGUUCUUUCUCUCGCCUGAUCUUGUUCAUAAUUCGAGACCUUCGUCUAAUGGGGGCGCUCGUUGGGGCGAGCGACUCGCACUGGUUCAGGAAAAUAGUGGUUUCGUAAGGUGACCUGUUUCCGAAAACCGACGGGGAGAUCGGGAAUAAUGGGAUACCGAGUUAUGAUUCUCAGCACUCUGGUCAGAAACGGUUUCCGUAAGUAAUGUGGGGAUUUUCAGCGCAUGCUGUCGCGUACAGGUGACAUCGUGGGGACGAACGGAUCAAUGCGUACGCAGACAAUCAAAUCUACGCGAAGUCGGAGGAGGUCGAGUCCCAAGGGACGAGGUGAACCUGCUCUGCCUUCUUUAAGGAUGUUGGCCAUGGCGGCAAGGAAAGUAACUCUCCGAGCCUGAGGUAUCUACAGUACGGCGGGCCGGUUCGCAGCUCUGAGCACGAUUCCUGUACUGGUACCCUAAAGGUUUUUAAGGUGAAGAAAGUCCUGCUGGGAGUCGAGUACGUACUCCGCUCUGUGGUUUUAGUAUGGUUCACUCCGUCACGACAGUGGUCUAGUGUCCGAUUGUAUUGCCAUCCGACUGUCGGGUUCACCAUUGAAUCGAGGAAAUUAUUGACUGGGAAAUGAAGGCCUUUUAUGUAAAACAUGAAUGUCUUUACAGACUAUUUGUUUCUAGAUUCUUUUUCCGUUUGCUUUCUCUUUGCGGUCUACUCGUACGUCAUGCCUUUGUUCCUCGAGGCUGUCCGUGAUAUUUUCUUGGACGCAAGCGUUCGCACUCAUGGAAUCAAUGUUUUGCAAAACUCUUGAUGAGACCUGCAUCCUUCUUUUCCCCUCAUUAUCC